AGGAGCGGCCGCUGCAGGGCAGGCAGGGGGAGAGACAGACACAAGGGGGCAGCCUGCAAAAGGGAGCUAACUCCCCGGGGGCUGCGGAGCCCCCCCGGUGCCCCCAAUAAACCCUGGAGGCCGAGCCAGCUGGAGAACACCCGUCGCACUCCCCCCGCGUGGAGGACAGCAACCUGGACACUGACUCUGUGUGUUACCUCCCACUCCCCAGGGGAAAUCUAUUCCAGCUCUUGGAAGCAGUUGAAAACACUCUGCUUCCCGCCCCGUUUUUUUCGCGGAGGGAAAAAUCUGGACAGUGUUCGUUGUCAUCUCCCUCCUAACUAUUAGCGAUUUCCACCCAAAGAGAGAUAAGUCUUGGAAAUAAACCUACCAAGAGGGGGCGAAAUCUAGGGGAGGAAAAGAUUUUUGGAAGUUGGUCCACGCCCCCUUCCUCCCGUUUUUUUUGUUUUGUUUAGGAUAUUUAAAAAAUUCUUAUUCUGCAGGGCACAGGUUCCCAGCUUCCUAGGAAAUCCUCUGGACGGUGAGGAGCUGAUUUGAAAGAAUAAUAAUACAAGGAUACAGCUGGGCCCAGUUUGCUUUUCCUGGUUUUUGUGUGUGAAGAUGCUAUCCUACAGCGUGCUGGACGCAAAUGUGGUGGAUGUGGAGAAAAGGCGAAACCCUUCUAAGCACUAUGUAUAUAUCAUAAAUGUAACAUGGUCUGAUUCAACUUCCCAGAUCAUCUACCGGAGAUACAGCAAAUUCUUUGACCUGCAGAUGCAGCUUCUGGAUAAAUUCCCCAUUGAAGGAGGCCAGAAAGACCCCAAGCAGAGGAUCAUCCCCUUUCUACCAGGUAAAAUCCUGUUCCGGAGGAGUCAUAUUCGAGAUGUAGCUGUGAAGAGACUGAAGCCCAUUGAUGAAUAUUGCAGGGCACUCGUCAGGCUUCCUCCUCACAUUUCACAGUGUGAUGAAGUCUUUAGGUUCUUUGAGGCUCGACCAGAGGACAUCAACCCUCCGAAAGAGGAAUAUGGAUCCUCAAAAAGAAAAUCAGUUUGGAUGUCCAGUUUCUCUGAGACUCCAAGGAAGAAUGUUACAGGUGCUGAUGCUAGUUCUGAACCUAUGAUCCUGGAGCAGUAUGUGGUGGUGUCCAGCUAUGAGAAACAGGAGAACUCGGAGAUCAGCCUUCAGGCUGGGGAAGUCGUGGACGUAAUAGAGAAAAACGAAAGUGGUUGGUGGUUUGUGAGCACAGCAGAGGAACAGGGCUGGGUCCCUGCCACAUACCUGGAAUCCCAAAAUGGCACUAGAGAUGAUUCGGAAAUUAACACAUCCAAAGCUGGGGAAGUUUCUAAGCGACGCAAGGCUCACCUGAGACGCCUGGACCGGCGAUGGACGCUGGGCGGGAUAGUCAACAGGCAGCAGAGUCGAGAAGAGAAAUAUGUCACAAUCCAACCGUACACCAGCCAAGGGAAGGAUGAGAUUGGGUUUGAAAAAGGGGUCACCGUGGAGGUCAUCCAAAAGAACCUGGAAGGAUGGUGGUACAUAAGGCAUCUAGGUAAAGAAGGCUGGGCCCCAGCAUCCUACCUGAAGAAGGCUAAAGAUGAUCUUCCGUCUAGGAAAAAGAACUUAACUGGGCCAGUGGAAAUUAUAGGCAACAUUAUGGAGAUCAGUAACCUGCUGAACAAGAAACCAUCCAGCGACAAGGAAACCCAAGCAGAAAACGAAAUGGCGGAAUCCCACAUCACAAAGAAAGAAAUCAGCUUACCCAUCUUGUGCAAUGACUCUAAUGGCAAUGCCAUGAUGACCUCAGACAAGCAGGCUUCAAAACUGGCUCAGGGAUCCCCUGCUGUAGCAAGGAUCGCACCACAAAGAGCUCAAAUAAGCUCUCCAAAUCUAAGAACUAGGCCUCCACCACGGAGAGAAUCCAGUCUGGGCUUCCAGUUGCCUAAACCACCUGAGCCACCAUCAGUGGAGGUGGAAUACUACACCAUUGCAGAAUUCCAGUCUUGUAUUUCUGACGGAAUAAGCUUUCGUGGAGGACAAAAGGCAGAGGUUAUUGAUAAGAACUCUGGUGGCUGGUGGUAUGUACAGAUUGGAGAGAAAGAAGGGUGGGCUCCAGCAUCUUACAUUGAUAAAAGGAAGAAGCCCAAUUUAAACAGAAGAACCAGUACUCUAACCCGACCCAAGGUCCCUCCCCCAGCACCUCCCAGUAAACCAAAAGAUGUGGAAGAAGGAACAGCUCCUGGGACUGUUUCAUCAGGAGAAGUCCAGGACUCCCCACAAAAGCUCAGAUAUGAAGAACCAGAGUACGAUGUGCCUGCCUUUGGCUUUGACUCGGAGUCCGAGGUGCAUGAAAGCCAUGGAGAUGAUAGUUCCUUGGAAAAACGUCUGUUUCAGCCACUUAAGCCAUCUCCUGUCUCAUCCCUGCAGAGGGCAAAGUUCAGAGUUGGUGAGUCUUCAGAGGAUGUUGCUCGUGAAGAAGAGAUCAUCUAUGAAAAUGAGGGAUUCAGGCCUUAUGUGGAGGACACUUCAUCAUGUAAAGAAUCUAGCGGAGACUCAGAUUCCCAAAAAAGCUCCUCUGUGUCUCUAAUCCGAAGAAACUCUCCAUGCUCCAGUUCUCCCAAAUCAUCGCUCCUGAAGCUCAAAUCUGACAAAAGCAUUCAGCCUGAUCUUGGAAAAUGUCACUACUCCAGGAAUGAUGAGAUAAAAUCCAGAUCAGCCUCAGAUGUUGGCUUACGUAGCAUGCCAAGAACAAGUGCGAAGAAGGAGCCUGGACAGAGCCCCUCAACGAAAGCAAAGCCAAUGGUUAGACCUAAGCCCUUCCUCAAUAAGGCAGAUUCUCAGAGCCAAGAAAAAAUGGAUAUCAGCACUUUAAGGCGUCAGCUGAGGCCAACUGGGCAGCUCAGAGGUGGACUUCAAGGUUCGAGAAGUGAAGAGUCUGAAAGCCCUCCACAAAUAGCUCCUGAGAGCCAAAACGACUCCCUUAGAAGAAGCUCCGCAGAUCUCAUUACAUCUCCUUCCCAUGCCAUUUUUUGCUCUAACCAUCCAGCCAAGCCAGAGCAAGAGAAUGACACAAAAUGUUUUUAUGUGACCUCUGACUCUUAUCAAAAGGUUCAGGAUUCUGAACUCUGCUUCCCAGCAGGAGUGGAAGUGGAAGUGUUGGAAAAGCAAGCCAGUGGAUGGUGGUACAUGAAAUAUGGAGAUAUGGAAGGGUGGGCUCCUUCCCACUACCUCGUACUUGCCGAUAGCCAACAAGAAGAAACUUCAGAGACCAACAUCUCGCUGGCCAGGAACAGAAGAAAUGAAAGCAAGUCAAACAGCUUGGAGAAGAUAGAGAAAAGAGUUCAAGCUUUGAACACCAUCAACCAGAACAAAAGAGCAAUGCCCCCAAUUCCAAGCAAACCCCCUGGUGGCUUUUCCAAAACUUCAGGGGCUGUGAAAAUGAGGAAUGGAGUGAGACAGUUAGCAGUGAGGCCACAGUCUGUGUUCGUCUCCCCGCCCCCAAAGGAUAAUAACCUGUCCUGCUCCCUGCGCAGGAAUGAAUCCUUAACUACUACAGACCAUCUAAGGGCUGUCCGCAGGAAUUCCUCUUUCAGCAGUGCGCGAUCACAGCCUGGUGACUCGAAGGCAAAGCAGACUGAUCAAUCGGGCAUAGAGGGAUUGGAGACAACCUCCAACCUAUCCACUCAGCGCAAUGGAAUCCCGGUGUCCACUGUCUGGCCAAAGCCCCUUGAAAAAUCCCAGUUCAUCCACAACAACCUCAAGGAUAUCUACGUUUCCAUUGCAGACUAUGAGGGAGAUGAGGAGACGGCAGGGUUUCAGGAAGGUGUCUGCAUGGAGGUCCUGGAAAGAAACCCAAAUGGUUGGUGGUACUGUCAGAUCAUGGAUGGUGGGAAACCAUUUAAAGGCUGGGUGCCCUCAAAUUAUUUGGAGAAAAAAAAUUAAUGUUGCAAUAUCUUUAAAUUCUCUAAUUUAUACUGUUCCUGCUGUGUAUAUCUGGAAAAAAAAUCGCUACACCCACAAAAAUUUUUUCCCCGUGCUCUAGUUUGUGCAAAGGGACUGAAUGAUUAUGCUGUGCUGUGUUUGCAGAGCUUUAUGGGGUUAACGUGGCCUGAAGGAAUUUAAGCAAAGAAAAUGAUAGUCAAAUGUCUCUUUUUUUUUUUUUUUUGAAGCUGUUAAUAAUCCUGUGUGUAACAGGGUAUGAUAUCCCAUCUUUCCUGUUAAUGGCAGCAAACCAAACUUGUGCCUUUGCGAGAGAUACAAACUGAUGUAUCCACUUGAGGAAAUCGUUGCGGGGGAGUGUAGUGCCAAACUUAGACAUUUUAGAAUCUCGGCUUCCUCUCUCCUUCCUCUCAUCUCCACGUGGAAUAUCCAGAAGUUUUGAAUGUGUUUUCACAACUUUUAACUGUGCAAAGUGAGUGGGAAUUUGAUUCUAAAAUGCAGAGGAGAACCCCAGCCCUUUCUAGAAGCUCAGAUUUUUCACUCUUCUCAACAGUCAGUUCCAGCGUUGGAGCCUUUUCAUCGUGGAGAGAUUUGGUCUCUGACUUCAACUACGGUUUGUCAGUAUUACUGAACCUCAGAAAUGACAUUCAGGAACCAUAUUGGGGUUUUUUGGCUGCCUUUUGUUCUGUCUCUAGGCUCUUGAGUUGAGACACCAGGUGUUCUUAUGGCCUGUAGGACUACCAGGUGCUUGCAAACACACCACAAAAACAAACCAAUGGACACAACUUUGUGAACAAUGAUUACUUUAAAUACUCCUUGUUUUAGUUCAGUGUGGUGAUUCCUGCCAAGAGAUCCAGGUUGAUUCUCUUUCCUGAGCUGGGUUUUUCCAAAUUUGUCACAAUUUUUAAGUAUUCAAAAUGCCUCUGAGGCCUCAAAGAAGAAAAGCAAUCAAAUGCAUUACUCCUGUUUUCACUAUCAGAUGCAAAUUGGAGCACAUUGACAGAAUCCACAAAGCUGUAAGUUAGAAACAGCCAUAACCUGUUGCGGCAUCAGUGUUUACAAAGGGUGUGGUGGAGAAGCCAUGGAAUUCAGUCUGCACAAUCUUUAAUUUGUAUAUUUUGGGGGAUUUGUUUUUGUUUCUUUCCUGUGCAUUCUGGGUAUUUUUUAAUUAUGCAUUGAUUUACCAAAAGACUUUUUUUUUUUUUUCUUUCUUAAGUGAAAACUAAAGUAGGAGUCAAUUCUGUGAUUGGAUUCCCACUUGAAUCCAAAAAGUACAUUUGUACUGCAAAGAAUGCAUGGGAUUUUCAAGCUCAAAUAGAGAUCUAAUAACAAAGCAAUUAAGGCUACAGUGUGACUAGCUGCCUCUUCCCCACCCCAUCCCCACUUUUCCUUCAUGUUAUUUAUAACUCUAAUGCUUUAAAACAUGACCCAUGGGUGGCGGGGUGGGGAAUAUACAACCAUUUGGAAAGGGCUUGGAUUAGACUGGUUCCUGAGGUAGCCAGUUACUGUACUGUAAGCAUCAGCCACUAUAAAUCCAUACUGUACUUGAGGAAGUCUUGCUUUUGGCAGUUUUUUGAUGGGCUCGUUAAUCAUUUAAGUGAAGAUCAAUAUCCAGUUUCUUUAAGAGGCAGCAUUUCUGUGUCCUGUUUUAAAGGGGAAAAGUCAAUUAUUUCACUGCUCGUGUAUUACACAAAAUGAUGAUACGUGCCCUUUUCUUUUCCAGCCAAACUUCAUACCAAUUACUGGCAUUGGAAAGAUAAAGGGUCUGAUGAUGUAGUUAGCUGGAACCUAACCUGGGGUGGGGCCUAAAAUAGCACAGUAUUGAGUGUGUUGUAGAGUGUUUUCUCUGCCAACAAAACAAAAGACAAUUUACAAGUUGUUCUUGUCUUUAUUUUUUUUGUGAUUCUGGGUUUUUUAACUAAUCACCACGAAAACUUCGAGGAAAAGAUGCCUACAGUCAACACGACUGACGUCCCUUUGCUAGCUGAAAAACCAUUACGUUGCAAUUAAAGGCUGCAAAUGGAGUUCUGUUGAAACCAUGAUGUCCCCGAGUAAUGGUGUGGGAGGGUGUUCUACUUGGAUCCAACGUAAGUCGUGAGGGGGAGGUGUUACCUACACUACCGCCCAUAUCAAAAUGUGUAGAGUCCUCUCUCUGCCUUAUGUUUUACUAUAUAUAUGUAUAUACCUAGUUAACCACAUCUUACUGGAUGUCUGUCUGAGGCGCUGCAGUCCCAUCUCUCAUGCUUCUGUCCAUUUUUAGUUGUACUAAUAUGGUAGCAGUCAUUAAAGACUGCUGGAGCUGUUGUGAGAUUAUAAUAGAAGUAUUCUAUUCUUCUGCUGGACAGUAUUAAAUAGAGCAAUACAUAGUUAUCUGCUAGAUUGCAGUACUAACAGUAGUGACUUAGUGACUUGUGUAAUGUUUUGAUUUACUUUAACAAUAAUGAUGCGGAAGUGGUUCAUUAUUUUGAAUUAAUGCACUUUAACAAUAAAAAAACCAAAAUGGAAGUCAACACAGCGAACUAAGUGCAUUAUUUAAAGGUGCAGUAUAUAAUUUUCAUUUUUUUUAAAAAGCAUGUAUUUAUUAAAAAUUAAUUUAUAAUUAUUUAAAAAUAUGCUGAAGUUUUGUUUUGACAGCACUUUCAUGCUGUCAUCUCCCGAGGAGACAAAAACCACAGCUCCCAAUACUUCUGCAUUGAGCCACUGAACUCUCAAAAUACAGAACAGCAUGACUUGAGUUCUUGCCGAGAGAGAGAGGGACAUUUCUGAUUAGAGAGCAAACCAUUUAGGAAUAUUCAGAUUGUAUCCAACAAAGGAAAGACCACCGAUGCAAAGAAUCUGAGUGGGAGGAGACCUCUGGUGAGGCCAUUGGAGCCUGCAUUGGGACGGGACUGAUUUCAUUAACCCUAAUCUUCCCCUUUCUAUGUGGGUGUCAGGGUAGCUUUGAACACCUCCACAAGUCUGGGCUCUGAAUAAGGUUGUGGAAUUAUGAGGUGCUCAAACCUCGCUAUGACCUGGUGAUACUCUCAGGCUCAAGCCAUUGGAAUUGGAGCCAUUAUUAAACUUUAUAACUAAAGACAGUGUA